AUUGCCUGUUUCAGUUACUUAAGACACCACCAUGAAAAGAAAUACUUCUGAUUUGCUUUCUCGGAACAAAAGUGCCUCUGAGGAAACGCUGCAUUCCUGUAAUGAAGAGGAAGACCCUUUGCGAGGCAUGGAACCCUAUCUAGUACGGAGACUCUCCUGCCGCAAUGUUCAGCUUCCCCCACUUGCCUUCAGGCAGUUGGAACAAGCUGACUUGAAAAGUGAAUCAGAGAACCUUCAAAGACCAACCAGCCUCCCCCUGAAGAUUCUGCCUCUGAUCGCUAUCACUUCUGCAGACUCUAGUGGGUGA